GCCCGCGUUUCCCGGUCGGAACGCUCCGGGAGGGACUUUCGAGCGCCUCGGGCCGAAGCCGCUGCCGGCCAAGAAACCACCAUGAAGUUUCGCGCCAAGAUCGUGGACCUGGCUUGUCUGAAUCACUUCACACGAGUCAGUAACAUGAUAGCCAAACUUGCCAAAACCUGUACCCUCCGCAUCAGCCCGGAGAAGCUGAACUUCAUCCUUUCGGACAAGCUGGCCAGUGGUGGGGUGAGCAUGUGGUGUGAGCUGGAACAGGAGAACAUUUUUAGUGAAUUUCAGAUGGAAGGAGUCUCUGCAGAAAAUAAUGAAAUUUAUUUAGAAUUAACGUCAGAAAACUUAUCUCGAGCCUUGAAGACUGCCCAGAACGCCAGAGCCUUGAAAAUCAAGCUGACUAACAAACACUUUCCCUGUCUUACGGUGUCUGUAGAGAUGCAGUUGUCCUCAUCCAGCAGUAGUAGAAUUGUGACCCAUGAUAUCCCCAUAAAGGUGAUUCCUAGAAGAUUGUGGAAGGACUUACAAGAACCCUCUGUCCCAGACUUUGAUGUCAGUAUUUAUUUACCAGCCUUGAAGACAAUGAAGAGUGUUGUGGAAAAAAUGAAAAAUAUCAGCAAUCAUCUGGUUAUUGAAGCAAACCUAAACGGAGAUCUGAACCUAAAGAUAGAAACUGAGUUGGUAUGUGUGACAACUCAUUUUAAGGAUCUUGGAAACCCUCUAUUACCCUCUGAGAGUGUCUCUCAAAACAGACACCCAGAAGACAUGGUCCAGGUGCAGAUCGACAUAAGGAAACUCCUCCAGUUCCUUGCCGGACAGCAAGUGACUCCUACCAAGGCUGUGUGCAACAUUGUGAGCAACAGGAUUGUUCAUUUCGAUUUGCUUCUGGACGACAUCUCCCUUCAGUAUUUCAUCCCAGCCUUGUCCUAGCACCAUCUCAGCAGACUUAGGAGCACAGAGACCUUUGUCGUGAUGAGAGAAGCCCUGGAUGGUGUGCAGGGCACACCUGUCCUCACAGCACACAGGCUUGUCUUCGGCUCUUUCUCUCCAUGCUGGCGUAGGUUCAAGUGGAAUUAACAAAGCACAGUUAGAUAAUCAUUCCUUCAUAUUUCUCAAGACCAGCACUUGUCCCCUUAUCCCCUAGGUCUAAGGCAUGAAGAAGAAAAGAUGGAAUUUACUUUUUUCUAGGGUCUUUUGUUGUUUUGUUUUCCUUUGGUGUUAGAGCUGAGACCAGGGCCUUCUCUGUGCUAAGCAUGUGCUGUGCCACUGCGUUGCUCCUCAGUCCUGUCUAAAACGUAAAUAGCAGUUUGUCACUGAUGCUGCAAAGCUCAUCGUCCGUAUAGAACUGGUGUUGCAAUCCGAAUUCACAGGAAUACUACCCAGCUGGUUUCCAGCUUACUCCCUGGGAUGCUGCACCUGUCUGCUUUCAGAUUUCCAGCAUGCUCAUCUCUCCCAACUGCCAUGUCUGGGAGCUCAGUGCAAACCAUGCAACCCCUCUGUCCCUGGCCACAUGCCUGGUUUCUCACCAAUACAGCUACAACAUGUGGAGCCUUGCCCAACUUACUGAAGGUUCAAGUUCACUUCCUUCUUACUGCCUGCAGAACCUCACAGCCUGGGAAACCUGCAAAGCCUCUCCUCACAGCCUAGGAAACCUACAGAGCCUCUCCUCACAGCCUGGGGAACCUACAGAGCCUCUCCUCACAGCCUGGGGAACCUGCAGAGCCUCUCCUCACAGCCUGGGGAACCUGCUGCUCAGAAGCCUGAGAUCCUGAAGACUAGCCAACCAGUUUCCAUCUUGAACUUGUCCUUCUGUAUACUUUUCGCAUGAGCCCACUUUGAUUUUAAGUUAUAACUUAUUCUACUUUUUUGUAGUGCUCAGGGUCAAAUCCAGAAAUGGGAACAUGUUAGGCAAGCCCUCUAUGCCAAACUAUAUCCCUAGUCAUCUAAAUCAUAAUUUUACAUAAUUCUUCCACAGUUUCAGAGCCACCUUUCUCUAAAGCACAUUGUGUUUUGCAUAAAGCAGUUGAAGCUUGGCCAUCAUAGGCAAGGCUGUGUUCUGCUGCUGAUUUGGAGCUGGCUCACCCUGGAGGAUGUACUUUCUCCAAAAACACCCUAGCAGGCUUCCUGAUUUAACUAGGUGUCAGGUGUCCCAUGAAGUGGCAUCAGAAACUGUUUCCAUGUCAGAGUUAAGAUCUAAGUUGCUAGGAUAAGAUUUUAAAAAGGCGUGGGGGGUGUUGACUUUUCCAUGUUUAGGGAAAGUAUUGUUUCUCAAGCGCUGCUAGGAUAAUAUAUUUGUUGCUGUUUCAGUUUUUAUUAAACAGGUUCUCGUGUAGUUUAAGCUGGCCUUAGAUGAGCUGGAGCUAAUAUUGUUGUUGAACUGCUGAGCCCCCUACUCCCCAGGUGUAGAUGACAGACAUGAGCUGCCAUGCCCCUAGCUCUACUGAUAUUUAAUAAGAUAGAUUUAGUUAAACUAACAUUUUAAAAUUAGGGAUUUUUUUUAAAAUUGUUAAAGCAUUUCUCUUCUUUGGUUCAUAAUGAGAGGCGGUCCAGGUGCCAUGUGUAGCCUCAAAAUCAUGAUGCAAAUGAAAUUUCAGGAAGUUCCCUAUGAAGCCUCUUUUUCUGUCUAAGUGUCAGUGCCUCACUUGUCUCUGGUGUCCCCACUGUGCCACAUGCUGUGGGUGAUGACUUUGCUUAGUAACUUAACAUGGGCAAGAAGAAGCCCUCACUGGCAUUCAGGAGGCUGUGGUCUUUCUGGUUCUUGUCACAACUUUCUGCAUAGUGUUCAUAGCUGUAUCUCACAGAUCUGUAGUCAAAGGAGGGAGCUCAGAGUGGGGUUAUGGGGAUCUGGAGCUACUUUGUGGAACCUUGUCCUGAGGCGAGAGCAGAGUCUUGCUGUGUAUUGAAGCAUGAUGUCUGAGGCUUAGAGGCAUUUCCCCUUACUCUGAUUGCCUAAGACUUGGUUGUUGAAGGAUGCUUUCCUGCAUGUUAGAACCAGUGAGGUACCCCCUGACCUUGCCUGCCAGAGCUCAGAACCCACAUCCCUGGUAGCCAUGCCUUGAACUGAGAUUUCAGACCGUCCUGACAACGGGUCAGAAAUGCAGAAUUCUUAAUGUAGCCAUUUUUGCCAAUGUCCAAGCAGCCUUUUUAUCCUGUGGGCAUCCCCUGGUCCAGCAGGGACCUUCCUAUCCAUCAGGUCUCCAGACUGAGUGUGUCCUGCCCUGCGUCCUGCCACAAAGAAACCUGCUCUUGGAAGCCUGAAAGGCAGUUCAACAUUAGUUUUGACUUGAGGCAGGAAUACUGGGUUCUCCCACCAGAUGCAGUGGCCGAUGACAUAUCGGUAAAUGUCACCCAAUUGGUCGAGUGUCUGUUGUUUUUAAGAGAUAUAAUUCUGUACUUUUUUAUUUUAAAGACAUUGGGAUAUCAAAGGGCACAGCCUAGAGGUUCUUCCUAGGUGGUUCAGUCACGCGGUCACCCCACCUUUCACUCUGCGCCUUCCUCCCGGGCUACUUAUUAUUUACUCUCCGUUUCUAUACUUACUGGUUCUGGACAGCUUUCUAAACUCCUCCCCCGGUGCCCAGGCCUCUGGUAACCACCAUCCUUUACUUUUGUUCUGAGGGCCCGAUGUGAGGUUCUUGACUCUCGUGACUCUGUAUCCGUGUCUGUAUAUUGAGUACAUACAUACCUCAGCCUUCACAGCAUGGCUUUGCCCAUGGCCAUCUUUGUAUAGUAAGUCUGUCUAGAAAUUCUAGAUGCCUGCACACAUUGCAACCAUUGCAAAGCUGAUGGCAUUACCAUUUCUACGAGGGUGGACUUCUGCAUUCAGAUUUCGAUGGCAGUGAGGCUCAUCCCCCUUUCUUUUCCUUUUAAUGACCCUGAGUAGUCUAGCUCUGCUCAUUCAGACUUCGCUGGCAGUGAGGCUCAUCUCACCCCCCCCUUUUUUAUUCCUUUUAAUGGACCUGAGUGGCCUAGCUCUGCUCUGCUCUGCUCACUCUGUCCCAUGUGAAGAUACCAGACCCAAGCAAGUCUCCUAUAAAGACUCAGGAUGUGGGGGAACAAAAUGCCCAGCUCCCACUUGUUUUUUCCACUGUAGAAUCAAAUACAGGGACGUUCUCCAUGUGGGGUCCUGUGAGCUUGGUAGAGCAGUCUUAUAGUUACCCUGACUGUCUUUCUGCUCAUGGUUUUGCAUUUCUCUGUGGCCCAGUGGGUACCACAAUUUCAGUUUGGCAUUCAGGGAAUUCAGGGUGGUCACCUUGCUCUGGAAAGUUCCUAGUCGGAAUUAUGUGGCGACAUGGCGAAGUCAUAGAUUUCUGCUCCACCAUUUUGCUAAUGCCACAUUCCAAUUCCAUGCUUUUGUGUGGAUUUUGAUGGAGAAUCGAAAAGGGAGCUUGGGCUUGUGGAUUUUUCUCUAAGCAUUGUUCAACUAGGAGGUGAUAAAUUAGGGUCACUUGCAUAUUGAGGGGUGGGUAGGAGUUAGCACGACUUCCUGGCAUGCAGUUUGCUAUUUACUGUCUGUGGGAAAGCUUAAAACUGCACCCUUUGAUUACGGCUUAUGCUCCUAAGAUUUCUUAUACAGGUAAGCUGAGCACUGAUAUAAAUUAAGGAUUUCUUAUGUGAAUGACUGGGGAAAUGGCAGGUGAUCUGAUCUGUGUGAUGCAAUGUCAUUUCCUAAUGCUACAGGACAAAGCACUAUAUGUAUGGUAACAAAGCCAGUGGGAUGUUGGUGUUCAGUGUGCCCAAGAAGACCAGGAAGUGUACAUCUAAACCCAGCUAGCUCUGGGUGGUUUUUAUUUCAGUGUUUUUAUAUGUGUGUGUUUUCUGGCAAUUUCGUAACCAACUUUGUCAUGAAAAUAUUUUUAUAGACUUAAAUAAAUAUUUAUUAUUUGACUAUUA